ACAAUGGAAUGGAUCAAGAUAUCUUUGAUAUCAAUGAAGCUUUAGGACUGGACCUGUUUGAGGGUGAUAUCAAACUUGAUGAGAAACGAAACUCCAUUAUUGGCGAUGAGUAUCGAUGGCCCCACACAAUUCCAUAUGUCUUGGAGGACAGCCUGGAAAUGAAUGCCAAAGGACUUAUUCUCAAAGCCUUUGAACAAUACCGCCUAAAAACCUGUAUUGAUUUCAAACCCUGGGAAGGUGAAGCAAAUUAUCUCUCAGUGAUCAGAGGAAGUGGCUGCUGGUCCUAUGUAGGAAACCGUCAAACUGGAAGGCAAGAACUCUCCAUAGGAACCAACUGUGACCGGAUUGGGACUGUUGAGCAUGAAUUCCUUCACGCACUGGGAUUCUGGCAUGAGCAAUCACGAUCUGACAGGGAUGAUUAUGUCACAAUAAUGCGAGACAGAAUUCAGGCUGGAAGAGAAGGAAACUUCAAUAAAUAUAAUGACAAAACAUCAGACUUCCUUAAUGUCCCUUAUGACUACACCUCUGUAAUGCACUAUAGUAAAACUGCCUUCAUGAAUGGCACUGAACCAACAAUAGUAACUAAAAUACCAGCCUUCAUUGAUGUGAUUGGACAACGGAUGGAUUUCAGUGAAUAUGAUAUCCAGAAACUGAGUCGAUUGUAUAACUGUACCACCUCCUUAAGCUUUAUGGAAACAUGCAGUUUUGAAUUUGAAAAUGUGUGUGGCAUGAUUCAAAGUUCAGAAGAUAAUGCGGACUGGCAGCGUAUAACUGAAGUUCCUGGUGGACAAAAAACUGAUCAUACCUAUGCUGGAAACUGCCAGGAAACUGGCUUCUUUAUGCAUUUUAACACUAGCGCUGGAGUCACAAGGGACCAAGCCAUUUUAGAGAGCCGAUUUCUGUAUCCCAAGAGAGGAUUCCAGUGCCUGCAGUUCUAUUAUUACAACAGUGGGAGUGAAAGUGAUCAGCUGAAUGUCUUAGUUAAGGAGUACAGUGAAGCAAACCCCAACGGUACUUUAAAACUUGUGAAAACAAUUCAAGGUUCACCAAAGGACUAUUGGGAGCUAUACCAUGUUCCACUGAAUGCUACAACUAAAUUCCGAGUUGUAUUUGAAGGCAUAAAAGGAUCUAGUGUAUCAAAUGGAGGUCUUUCAAUUGAUGAUAUCAAUCUGUCAGAAACCCAGUGCCCUCACCAUGUUUGGCAUAUAAGAAAUUUCACUCAGCUCCUUAAUUCAAGCCCUGCAGGAGAGGCAGGAGCAUUAUACAGUCCACCAUUUUAUUCCAUGCAAGGUUAUGCAUUUCAGAUUGCAUUGCAUGUGAAUAGUACGAGCCCAUUUAAUUUAGGUAUAUAUUUGCAUUUAGUCUCUGGUGCAAAUGACAAUAAUCUUACAUGGCCUUGUGCAUGGCAGCAAGCUACUAUGGUUCUCCUUGAUCAAAAUCCAGACAUUCGUCGACGUAUGUCAAAUCAAAGGAGCAUAACAACAGAUCCACAGCAAUUACUAGGAUCUUUGAAUCUUUUUUUCUGGGACAGACCAGAUAAAGUAGGAGAAUCAGCUAAUUUUACUAAUGGCACUGAGUUUAUGAGAGGUCCUAAAUCUGGAACAUCCGCCUUUUUAACACAUGAAAGGCUUAAAAGUCGUGACUUUAUUAAAGACGACAGUGUUUUCAUUUUAACAACAGUAGAAGAUAUAUCCCAUUUAUUAUCUAUGGAGCCAAAUUUUACAACCACAACUACUGCAGCAGUUAGCACAGAAGAAUCAGCUAUUAGUACUGCUAAAUCAACUAUUAUGCCCAGCACCGUUAAUGUUUGUGACACUUAUGGUUGUCAAAAUGAUGGGAUCUGCACUGUUGUAGACGGAAAGCCAGUUUGUAGGUGUCCUGCAGGUCAUGACUGGUGGUACAUGGGAGAAAAAUGUGAAACAAGUGGAUCAACUAAGGACACAUUGGUUAUAGCAAUUUCAUCAUCACUUUCUGUAUUUGCCGUUAUGCUGAUUGUCACUGUUGUUUCCAUCAGCUGUAUUCGAAAGAAAUAUCGUAAGCAACUGAAAGCUAGUACAGACCAGGAAUUACAAAAUAAAACAUCAUUCUGAAGAUGGUAAAAGUUUGGAAUCCAAA